GAUGCAUCCUUGCGAGGUUCAAAGUUCCAAGCUUACAAACACACAGGUCUUAUCCUGCUCACUACUGUAUUCCAUUACGCCGUAACUAGCGCAGAUCCAUCCCCCGAUAACCCUGUUGCAUAUCGGAUGGAAUUUGAUCGCCGAUCUGAUUACCUCGACCUUCCUCGACGUCAUCCGUGGCUCCUGGUUCACGGGAUACUUUGACGCCUGCUUACACCUGUUGGGCGUCCUUGACGUUGGUCUCUCAAGUGCUCAGACUUAUUUCAGUUUUCCUUAGUGUAUGUAUUGUGUAUCGCACAAGCACUGAUUCACCGAUUCACUAAAACUAAAAGAGGUUUUCAAGUUUGAAGAAUAAGUGACAGGCUGGCAGAAAACCAGUGAAGUACAAGUACCUGAAUACCUACGGUAUCGGCCCGUAUUAGCCGUCUUUUGAGGGUCUGCUCCGGAGUCUAGCUCUCGGAAACCACGUGGACCGUAAGUUAGACCCGGCGAGAUGACCGUGGCUGUGGCCCGGUCUUCGGUUUGGGACUACUUUCGCUCAGCAACACGAUACCAUCAUCCAGGCGAGCGAAAGCUCGUUCUCAAGAUUGACUUUUUCAUCUUGACCUUCUGCUGUCUGAGCUACUUCCUCAACUACCUUGACCGAACAAACCUCGCAAAUGCCUAUGUCUCGGGCAUGAAGGAGGAUCUCAACUUUCAGGGAGACCAGCUAACCCAGAUCAACACCUGUUUCACCGUUGGUUAUGUCCUCGGCCAGAUCCCCUCCAACCUCAGCCUGCAUUACAUCAAGCCGCGCUACUUCUUCCCAGCCAUGAUGGUCGUGUGGGCGGGGCUGACCAUGGUAACGGCCUCAACGCAAUCACCCCAAGCCAUCAUGGCGAUCCGCUUCUUCCAGGGCAUCGCCGAGGCCACCACCUUUGUCGGCACGCACUACGUGCUCGGGUCGUGGUACACGGAGCGCGAGCUGGGCAAGCGCAGCGGCAUCUUCACGGCAUCCGGGCUUGCGGGCACCAUGAUCGGCGGGUUCAUCCAGAGCGGCAUCUACUCGAGCAUGCACGGCCGCCACGGCCUGAGCGGCUGGCGCUGGCUGUUCCUUGUUGACGGCAUCAUCACCUUGCCUGUCGCGCUCUACGGGUUUUUGCUCUUUCCGGACACCCCGGCCACGACAACCGCGUUCUACCUGACCGCGUCUGAGCGCGCGCUGGCUGUGUCCCGUCUUCAGGUGGCCCGGGAUACGCCCAGUCCGGAGGACGACGGUGCCAGUCCAUCAUCUUCCAAGAGGACUCGGAGGAGGAGUCCGAAAUCACCACUAACCCUAUCCUUCGCCAAAAAGGUCCUGACCUCGUACGAAUGGUGGGGCUUCGUAAUCCUAUGGAUCAUCGCCGGCGAGACCGAGUCCUUCUCCUCCAACUCCCUGCUGGCGCUGUACAUGAAGAGCCACCCGUCCGGCCACAAAUACACAGUGGCGCAGCUCAACAACUACCCGACGGGCGUGCCCGCGGUGGGGAUCGUGUCGACGCUGUUUUGGGCCGCGAUGACCGACCUCCUCGGCGGCAAGCGCUAUCUCGUGGGCUACUUCAUCGGCAUUACGGGGGUGGUCACGAGCGCUAUGAUCCUGGCUGCGCAGGCUGGGGCUACAGGAGACCCCGGCGGCGCGCGGGCCACGGCGCUUGUGUUUGGCGCGUAUUACUGGGCGGGUGCCGUCUACGCGUGCCAGGCGACUUUCUUCGCGUGGGCGAAUGAUGCCAUGAGACGUGGGGAUCCUGUGUUUCGGUCGGUUGUGCUGGCGGGUAUGAAUCUGGGGAGUAACGCGGUGAAUGCCUGGUGGAGCAUUGUGUUUUAUGGUGCGUCGAUGGCGCCUUGGUUUACAAGAGGAAUGUACGCCAUGAUUGCCACCUCGGUUGCUUUGGCUGUGUGGACAGCCGGUCUGUCGUACAUGACAUCCAGGGCCGCAAGACUGGAGCUUGAACACGCUGCAAAUAGGGCUGGCCCGUCCGGCGAAGAACUGGGCCAGGAAAAGGAGUCGAUCCAGGUACCACAACCAUUCCGCUGCAUUCCUUACAAUCCGCUGACAUUGCUAAACUAGUGAAAUGGUCAUGCAUCAUACAAGUAGCGUCUUCAACACGACUUAGACGUCAUUUUCCUCCCCGUUAAGUCUAGGCAUCAACACCCAGCAGACUCUCG